GAAUGGCCAGGAAGUCAGCAUGAUAGCAGAAUUUUUCAAAAUUCACGGAUUUAUAUACAAUAUACACAGUCAGAAUUUACAGGGUAUGCUAGUUGGAGAUGCUGGAUACCCAGCAUUACCCUUUCUACUUACUCCGAUUGGUAAUCCUGUCACUGAUGAAGAAAUAAGUUACAAUGCGAUCCACGGAAGAACCAAAACAAUAGUAGAAAGAAUAUUUGGUAUAUGGAAACGAAGAUUUCCAUGUUUAUCGAAAGGACUUACAACAAAACUCGUAACCUCUAGGACAAUUGUUGUUGCCUGUGCUGUCCUUCACAAUCUAUCUCUGAUCUUCAAGGAUGUACUUAUGGAAAAAGAAGAAAAAGUAGAAAAUGAUGAAGUUCCUGUAAACGAACUUCACUGGCAACCUGGAGAAGGCUUUAUUGUACGAGAUGCUCUCAUUGAAUGAUUGUUUAGAUAGUGUAUUUUACU